AGUCUCGUUAGGGCCUUAGCUGCUCUGCACCAACCAAUGCAGUCCAUGCGGAGCCGCCUAUUUCAAUUCUCCGCAUCAAAGCUCCGACCUUUCUCGUCGAGAGGCAGAGCGACGCCGUCGGCGAAAUCCGCGUGUGCCUACGGGGAAGACGAAUGGAAUGACGCGUGGGAGACGGCUUGGCUCCCUGACGAUCUCUCGGCCAAGAACCGCGCUCCAUGGGAGGCCGACGUCAACUUCCUCUCGUCCGCACCUGCCAUCACCGCCGGUGAUAUUGACACAGAAACCAAGGCCUUCGUUGCCGAGAUGGACGAACGGUGGAGUGAGAGGAGGCAGGCCAAGAAGCUGCAACAGGAGGAGGGCAGGCAUUCUGUUGAGAAGGUGGAGGGCAAAGACCGGAAGGCCGGACUCGACGAUUAUAGGGUGAAGAAGCAGCGGAUUCAUUCCGGCCUAUGGAUGAAGGAAAUCGAGAGGAUGGAGGAGUCCAAGCUCGGGCGAUCCAAGGACGGCGAUGACAUCGACCGCCUUCUUGAUUCUUGCGCUGAGAUAUUUGAUGCUGGCAAUAUUGAUUUAAACGACUCCAAGAUCCCUAGCACUUCUGAGUUCAAAGUGAAGCCUGAUGGAUGGGAAGCAACCAAUAAGACUCAAGAUGGGAGCGUAUGGGAUAUAUCACAGAGGGAAGAGGACAUACUUCUCCAGGAGUUUGAGCGGCGGAUGGCCUUCAACAAAUUUCAGAUUGCUAGUUUCAUCAAAACUCACAUAUUUAGCCGAAGGAGGCCAAUAGAUGGUUGGAAGUACAUGAUAGAAGUGAUCGGCCCUAAUGCUAAGAGAGGGAAAGGAAGUGUGCAGAGGCUUCCUGGUCUGACUGAUUCUUCUACGCAGCCUUUCCAGGAGGAAAUGCCAGUUAUUGGCCCCAAUUCAACUUACUUCAGAAAUAGAUAAUGCCAUCUGAUGCGUUCCAGUUCCAGUUUGUCUCCAGAAUCAUAUUAUUAUCUACUUAACAAAGAGAAGAGGACUGGUCUAGGAGUAACAAUCACCUUGGCUUCUUCGAGUGAUGUGAGAAUGAUGAUGCAUUAGACUUAUUCUAUAUGUAGUGCUUGAAUAAGAUUGUAUGCAUCUCUGAUCUAAUAUGCUUCAGCCUUAGAAAUAUGCAAACCCUGUUUAUUGGGAGAGAUGUUCUUCUUCUGUUUCCUUUUUUUUUUAAAGCUCUAAGAAAGUUUGUGCUGUGUUUUGCCGCAAGUA